AUGGGGACCACUGAAGCCACGCUCCGGAUGGAAAACGUGGAUGUGAAGGAAGAAUGGCAGGACGAGGAUCUUCCCAGGCCACUCCCGGAAGAGACGGGGAUGGAAUUGUUGGGCAGCCCGGCGGAAGACACAUCCUCCCCUCCCAACACAUUAAACUUCAAUGGAGCACGUCGUAAAAGAAAGACCCUGGUGGCCCCAGAGAUUAACAUUUCCUUGGACCAGAGUGAGGGCUCCUUGCUGUCUGACGACUUCUUGGAUACCCCCGAUGACCUGGAUAUUAAUGUGGAUGACAUCGAGACCCCCGACGAGACCGACUCGCUGGAGUUCCUGGGGAACGGCAAUGAACUGGAAUGGGAAGAUGACACCCCUGUGGCCACUGCCAAGAACAUGCCCGGGGACAGUGCGGAUCUGUUUGGGGACAGUGCAGCAGAGGACGGCAGUGCUGCCAAUGGGCGCCUGUGGCGGACAGUGAUCAUCGGGGAACAGGAGCAUCGCAUCGACCUGCACAUGAUCCGGCCCUACAUGAAGGUGGUCACUCAUGGAGGGUACUAUGGCGAAGGUCUCAAUGCCAUCAUCGUCUUUGCUGCCUGCUUUCUCCCAGACAGCAGCUCGCCCGACUACCACUACAUCAUGGAGAACCUCUUCCUGUACGUCAUCAGCAGCCUGGAGCUCCUGGUUGCCGAGGACUACAUGAUCGUGUACCUGAAUGGUGCCACCCCCCGGCGGAGGAUGCCCGGCAUAGGCUGGCUGAAGAAGUGUUACCAGAUGAUUGACAGGAGAUUGCGGAAAAACCUGAAGUCCUUGAUCAUUGUCCACCCCUCCUGGUUCAUUCGGACGGUGCUGGCCAUUUCCCGCCCUUUCAUCAGCGUCAAGUUUAUCAGUAAAAUCCAGUAUGUGCACAGCCUGGAAGAUCUGCAGCAGCUCAUUCCCAUGGAACACAUUCAGAUCCCAGACUGCGUCCUACAGUACGAUGAGGAAAGACUCAAGGCCAGAAGAGAGAGCGUGAGGCCACAGCCAGAGUUCGUCCUGCCCAGGUCAGAAGAGAAGCCAGAGGCAACACCGGCAGAGCGCAGGUCUUCUCUGGUCACAGAAGAUCAGGAAACAAGGUGGGUUUAA